AUGUCGACAACAUCGGAAACGACUUUGAGCCAGCCCGUGGUUGACGGCGCGCCUAAUCCACCACGGCUUCACGACGAGAGUGUAACAUCUGAGAUUGGAGAUUCGUCGAGGACUGCAAGCCAGUUGCGAGAUGCUCUUGGCGCUUCAACAUCCCCUAGCGAAGAAAAGCCAACAGAUGUCAGGGAUCUCCAUGUCUAUCCCAGUGGUCUUUCUCUUGCCCUCAUUUGUCUCGGUCUGGGUCUCGCAGUAUUUUGCCUCGGACUAGACCGGUCUAUUCUUGCCACAGCCAUUCCCAAAAUCACGAACGACUUCGACUCGCUGAAUGACGUAGCCUGGUAUGGCUCGUCGUACCUGCUGACGACUUGCUGUUUCCAACUUAUGUUCGGGAAGCUCUAUGUGGAGUUCAAGACAACCUGGAUAUUCCUUCUUGCACUCGCUUUGUUCGAAUUAGGAUCCCUUGUGUGCGCUGUUGCACCCAGUUCCAUCGCUCUUAUAAUCGGGAGGUCUAUAGCUGGAAUUGGUUGUGCGGGCUUACUGUCAGGUGCGCUGAUCAUUCUCGCGAACAGUGUGCCUUUACAUAAGCGUCCGAUUUACACUGGACUUAUCGGCGCUGUCUCUGGCAUUGCACAGAUAAUUGCGCCGACACUGGGAGGCGUCUUCACUGACCAUGCUACGUGGCGUUGGUGUUUCUGGAUCAAUCUCCCUUUAGGCGCUGUUACAGCAGCUGUUGUUGUUUUUGUGAAAUUUCCUAUCAAGACCCAGCGAAGGCAUAUCACCGGGGUUCGCGUCUUCGUCCAUGCGAUUGAUCUUCUAGGAACUGUCGUGUUUAUGCCUUGCAUUAUUUGCCUCUUGCUGGCUCUCCAAUGGGGUGGCACAACCUACGCUUGGAGCAACUGGCGAAUUAUCAUGUGUCUUUGUUUCUUCGCUGUUCUGGGCUUCACCUGGGGUUGUAUCCAAUACCGGCGAGGUGAUGACGGUACGCUUCCUUCGCGCCUUCUUAAGCAACGAUCUGUCGUCAGUGGGAUGCUGUUCACCCUGGGAAUAAGCGGUUCCCUUUUUAUCGUCACAUACUACGUUCCGAUAUGGUUUCAAUCAGUCAAAAACACAACCGCAGAGCAGUCCGGAGUCAACUUCUUAACUGCCACGGGGGGUAUGUCUCUGGCUGCCGUACUGGGAGGCAUAGCAGCGUCCCGUAUUGGCUACUAUGUACCACAGAUGAUCCUGAGCUCUAUUGUCUCGUCUAUUGCCGCAGGACUCAUCUAUAGAUAUUCACUAAACACAACUACUGGAUAUUGGGUUGGCACUCUCAUCCUGUUUGGUGUUGGAGCUGGUUUGGGCCUGCAGAUGCCUCUGACGGCUGUCCAGACGGUUCUUAAGGGCGCAGACAUCUCUCUAGGCACAUCGGCCAUCGUUCUUGUGCAGACGAUUAGUGGCACGAUCUUCCUCGCUGUAGGGCAGAACGUCUUCCAAGCCAAGUUACUGGAGGAGUUGUCCAUCACAGCUCCGGAGGUAGAUCCUAGGCUUGUUGUUUCAAAUGGUGUUUCGGGACUUGUGGUAUUGAUAACUGAGACCUACGGCGCAGCAGUAGCGAAGGAGGUCCUAGAAGCAUACAACGCCGCCCUAAGGAGAUGCUUCAUGGUAUGCGUCAUUUUGGCUCCUCUCACCAUCCUCGGUGCGGUGGGAAUGGAAUGGAAGAACGUGAGACAAGGGAAACAUGCAAGCGAAGAUUCGAGGCAAGAAGAAGUAGGACUUGCGAAAAUGCCCUCUGCUACAUAG